CGCAAAACCAAGCGAAAUCCAGAGGGCAGUGGAGGUUGGUAAAUACUUGAACUAAAAGAGAGACAGCAAAUCGCCGACAAGAUGCCUCUCAGGCUGGACAUCAAGCGUAAGCUUACAGCCCGGUCGGAUCGCGUCAAAAGCGUAGACCUCCAUCCGACAGAGCCAUGGAUGUUAGCCAGCCUGUACAACGGCAGUGUCUGUGUGUGGAACCAUGAAACACAGACCCUUGUCAAAACCUUUGAGGUGUGUGACCUGCCAGUGAGAGCAUCCAAAUUUGUUGCAAGAAAGAACUGGGUUAUCACUGGGGCAGAUGACAUGCAGAUACGUGUUUUUAACUAUAACACAUUGGAGCGUGUCCACAUGUUUGAAGCCCAUUCUGAUUACAUUCGCUGCAUUGCAGUCCAUCCCACCCAGCCUUACAUCCUCACCAGCAGUGAUGACAUGCUGAUUAAACUAUGGGACUGGGAGAAGAAGUGGUCAUGCAGUCAGGUGUUUGAGGGCCACACACACUAUGUCAUGCAGAUUGUUAUCAACCCCAAAGACAACAACCAGUUUGCCAGUGCUUCUCUGGACAGGACCAUUAAGGUAUGGCAGCUGGGUUCCUCCUCUCCAAACUUUACUCUUGAGGGUCAUGAGAAAGGAGUGAACUGCAUUGACUAUUACAGUGGAGGAGACAAACCGUACCUCAUAUCUGGAGCUGAUGACAGGCUUGUGAAGAUCUGGGACUACCAGAACAAAACAUGUGUGCAGACCCUGGAAGGACAUGCCCAGAAUGUGUCCUGCGUGAGCUUCCACCCAGAACUGCCAAUCAUCAUCACAGGAUCAGAGGAUGGCACUGUGCGUAUCUGGCACUCCAGCACUUACCGCCUGGAGAGCACUCUGAACUACGGCAUGGAACGUGUGUGGUGUGUGUGUGGCCUGCGUGGUUCAAACAACGUAGCACUGGGUUAUGAUGAAGGAAGCAUUAUUAUCAAGCUUGGACGUGAGGAACCAGCCAUGUCCAUGGACACCAAUGGAAAGAUUAUCUGGGCCAAACACUCGGAGGUCCAGCAGGCUAACCUAAAGGCUAUGGGAGACGCUGAGAUCAAGGAUGGAGAACGGCUACCGCUGGCUGUCAAAGACAUGGGCAGCUGUGAGAUUUACCCUCAGACAAUACAGCACAACCCUAAUGGAAGGUUUGUGGUUGUGUGUGGAGAUGGAGAAUAUAUUAUUUACACUGCUAUGGCUCUGAGAAACAAGAGCUUUGGCUCUGCACAAGAGUUUGUCUGGGCUCACGACUCCUCCGAGUACGCAAUCAGGGAGAGCAACAGUGUGGUAAAAAUUUUCAAGAACUUUAAAGAGAAGAAGUCAUUUAAACCAGACUUUGGAGCAGAAGGUAUCUAUGGUGGCUUCUUGUUGGGAGUCAGGUCAGUCAAUGGCUUGGCAUUCUAUGACUGGGAGAACACUGAGCUGAUUCGCCGCAUUGAGAUCCAGCCCAAACACAUCUUCUGGUCUGACUCAGGAGAGCUGGUUUGCAUUGCCACUGAGGAGUCUUUCUUCAUCCUGCGCUACCUGUCAGAGAAAGUGGCCGCCUCCCAGGAGUCCAAUGAGGGGGUGACGGAGGACGGUAUUGAGGAUGCCUUUGAGGUCCUAGGAGAGAUUCAAGAGAUUGUGAAGACAGGUCUGUGGGUUGGAGAUUGCUUCAUCUACACCAGCUCAGUAAACAGACUCAACUACUAUGUUGGAGGAGAAAUUGUCACCAUUGCUCACCUGGACAGAACCAUGUACCUGCUGGGUUACAUCCCAAAAGAUGACCGGCUGUACCUGGGAGAUAAGGAGCUGAAUAUUGUCAGUUACUCGCUGCUAGUGUCUGUGUUGGAGUACCAGACUGCGGUCAUGCGGCGGGACUUUGGCAUGGCUGACAAAGUUCUGCCCACCAUCCCCAAAGAACAGAGGACAAGGGUGGCCCAUUUCCUGGAGAAACAGGGUUUCAAGCAGCAGGCGUUGGCUGUGUCCACUGAUCCAGAGCACAGGUUUGAAUUGGCUUUGCAGCUUGGAGAACUGAAGAUUGCCUAUCAGCUGGCAGUGGAAGCAGAGUCUGAGCAAAAGUGGAAACAGCUUGCGGAGUUGGCGAUCAACAAAUGCCAGUUUGGCUUGGCACAGGAGUGUCUCCACCAUGCCCAGGACUAUGGUGGGCUACUGCUGCUUGCCACUGCGUCUGGCAAUGCUGCCAUGGUGGGCAAACUGGCAGAGGGAGCUGAACGGGAUGGCAAGAACAACGUGGCUUUCAUGACCUACUUCCUGCAGGGGAAAUUGGACCACUGUCUGGAGCUCUUGAUUAAGACCAAUCGUCUGCCAGAGGCUGCCUUCUUAGCCCGCACAUAUCUUCCCAGCCAAGUGUCCAGAGUGGUAAAACUUUGGAGAGAGAACCUGGCCAAAGUUAAUCAGAAAGCAGCUGAGUCGCUGGCAGACCCGACAGAGUACGAGAACCUGUUCCCUGGGCUAAGGGAGGCCUUUGUGGCAGAACAGUUCCUUAGAGAGACCAGCCUUGGCAAGACCAGACCCGCUACAGACUACCCAUUGGUCACGCCAAAUGAAGAGAGAAAUGUUCUCGAGGAGGCCAGAGGCUAUGAACCCAAAGGAGAGUUUCCAGCCCCCGUAAAGACUGAUGUCAGUGAGGAAGCCCCAGCUGAAACAGGCGUGUUAGCUUCAGUCAUGGCAGCUGUCGCUGCACCUGUGGCUGCAGCCGUAGCUGCUGUGACUCCAGCGGAGCCUGAACCCGCCGAGGAAGAGCAGGAGGAGGAAGAGCCAGCCGUCAGUGCAGCAGCCACAGCCACAACCAGCGACAAGGUCUUGGAAGAUCUGGAAGAUGACUUGGACAACAUGGAGCUGGAUGACAUAGACACCACAGACGUCAACCUGGACGAUGACUUCUUAGAUGACUGAACCCUGGCACUGAAGAAAUGAGUUUAUUUAAGAGACCAAACCCUUUUGUAUUUGUACUUGGAUUAUGUCAGUCCUGCCGAGAUGGAGAGAGGGAAUGUUUUUGGAAGAUCGCAUAGAAUCUAAUGUGAUGAUUUAGUUAAUAACGGUAAAAACAGAGGGAUGAAUAUGUGUAUCUUUGUCUUUUGAAUUUUGUAUGUCAUAUAACAAGUUAUGGCCUUCCAGUACUUCAGAAUAUCCGUAUUUGCUUUUCACUGCUGUGCUCUAAGCAUGGAUAAAUCAUUGCUCUUUUACCUAAAAUAAAAUGGUCAAAGUCA